AUGCAGAACAAUCCACCACACUCUUACGAGAUGAGUUCACGGCAGGAUCAGCAUUCGGGCUCCGACAGCGAGCGUCUGCAGGCAGACUCUCAAGCCGAAUCCCAGCGUGGCCGUCACGGCCACCCCUCCUCGACAGCACCGCAGCAGCAAACAUCUGGCAAUGGACUUGGCAUGUCAACAUACUGGGAGCAACCCUAUGCGCAGUCCAGCAGCUCUGGCGGUCCCGAAUCACCAAUUGACCCUUCGGCACUGCAGUUCGCCCUCCCGCCGGAAAUCAACCAACCUCCGCCGAUACCGCGCCUGAACUCACCGUCUCUCGACUCUCUCGACCGGCCAUCGCCUUACUUUGACGAGGCAACCAACCCCGACUACUACGAGGAUAGGGUGCCGCUCACCUCUAGAGCACAGCCUAUUUCUGGGUCUCUUAGCGCAAACACGGGGGACCCUCAUCGUAGAGACAGCUUCCAGACAGUAUCCGACCUCGAUAACACCCCCUCAAGAACGCGAGACGCCAGAUCGCUCGGCUAUGAUUUGGAACCAGGCGGUCGGCGCCCGAGUUACGGGGCGACACUCAGUCCCGGAGGGGAGCAAAGACGCUCUCGCUCGCCCUCUACUGCCGGCGCACUCUACAGAGCAGGCUCUAUCAUGCGAGCCAUGUCUCAGCGUGUCGUCAAUAUCAGUGGUGAGGGUGAGCUUGUAGAUCACAGGACGUCAAGGAGCCGCUCCCCAUCACCGACACCGGAUCAUCGCCAGCAGCUACACAAUUCUGCUCAAAUGUUCACUGACCCUUCGUACCACUCCCAUGCCUCCCACGUACCCGAGAAGGCUCCCGAGCCGGAUAACGUCUUUGCCGAACCCCCUCCACCUAUGCAACCACGCGUGCCAAUGAAGAAUCCGCUGAAGGGAAAUUCAUUAGGCAUCUUCCCUCCUGACCACCCGAUUCGAACCAAGCUUUGCGACCUUUUGGUGCACCCGCUCACCGAGCCCUUCAUUCUCAUACUCAUCAUUCUACAAGCCAUUCUCCUGGCGGUAGAAUCGGCUCCAGAUGUCUUCAUUCAUCCGCGGCCCGCCACGUGGGGGGUCACAUGGAUCGACUGGGCAAUGCUAGUUCUAUUCGUCAUCUUCACCCUCGAGUUGAUCGCCCGUAUCCUGGUCUCGGGCUUCCUUUUAAAUGCCUCUGAAUACAGCACCAUUGAUCGCCAAAAGGGCGUGCGAGCCGCGGUCGUCGAUCAGUAUAGGAACAUCUUCCAACCUCAGCGACAAAGGUCCGUCAAGGCUCCGCGACAGAUCCACCUUGGUCCAUCUGCCUUCCAGCGAUCAUUCACCAUCAUGCAAGGUCAAACACUGCCCCAGACCGUCGAGGAGCAGCAGAGGUUCCAACUUGCCCGCAGAGCGUUUUUGCGCCACUCUUUCAAUCGACUGGAUUUUCUUGCCGUUGUUGCCUACUGGAUCUCUUUUGCCCUAAGAAUCACCGGAAUCGAGAGCGAGAAACAUCUGUAUGUCUUCCGAAUGAUUGCCUGCUUGCGCAUUUUGAGAUUGCUUGCCUUGACCAACGGCACGGCUAUUAUCCUUAGAAGUCUCAAAAAAGCAGCGCCGCUCCUCGUUCGGGUGGCUUUUCUCAUUGCCUUCUUCUGGAUUUUGUUUGCCAUCAUAGGAGUACAAAGCUUCAAAGCCAGUUUAAGUCGGCAGUGUGUUUGGCUUGACCCGACAGAUCCGACCAACAGGGAGAAGUCCUUCACAAACGAGAUGCAAUUCUGCGGGGGCUUCCUCGAUAAUGAGACAGGGAAAAGUAUGCCUUGGGUUCUCCUCACAGACGAGAAUGUCCUGGACAAUUUCAAAAAUGGGAGAAAAGCUGGCAAAGGUUUUCUCUGCCCUCGUGGCUCGAUAUGCCUCCAACAAGAGAACCCGUACAACAGCACUGUUAGCUUCGACAAUAUCGCCCAAUCGUUGGAGAUGGUCUUUGUGAUUAUCAGCUCCAACACGUUCAGCGACAUCAUGUACUAUACGACCAACUCCGACUAUCUUCCCGCCGCCCUCUUCUUUGGCGCGGGUAUUAUGAUUCUAAUGUUGUGGCUCGUCAACCUUCUCAUUGCUGUUAUUACAUCCUCAUUCCAGGUUAUUCGAGAAGAGAGCAGGGCGAGUGCCUUUACAGCGACCGAGGAGCCGCCUAUUCCCGAACCUAUAGACGAGCCACCGCCAAAGAUGUCUGCUUUGCAGCGGAUAUGCGACAAGACCUCGCUGAUUUGGAUCGCCGUCAUUGCUUUCGGCUUGUUGGCUCAAGCUUUCAGGAGUUCCAGAAUGUCGAACAGUCGCGGACGGUUUAUUGACUCUGUCGAAGUUGCUGUCACAUUGCUACUGGAUGUCGAGAUAAUCAUCCGCAUUGCUGCUGGUUGGCGCACUUUUCACAGGAGCAAACGUAACAUCAUCGAUCUUGGUCUUGCGGUCAUCACAACCAUUAUUCUCAUACCACCAAUUCGCAACUCCGGAGAGACCUACGCCUGGCUGACGGUCUUCCAGAUCGUGCGAGUCUACCGACUUGUCUUGGCUGUCCCGAUGACCCGGAAACUGAUCGUCAUGGUCCUUGGAAAUUCCAACGGUAUCGCCAACUUGAUGCUUUUCGUCUUUCUCAUCACGUUCCUCAUGGCCAUCCUUGCGGCGCAGCUUUUUAGGGGCGAGAUACCGAAGCACAGCGACGACGGCGACCUCAACGAAGUGUCCUUCUUCACUAUUUACAAUUCUUUCCUUGGCAUGUAUCAGAUCUUGUCGAGCGAGGACUGGACCUCGAUGCUCUACAACGUCACUUCUCAUAUGAAUGAGCACGAUACAGGCUGGAUCGGUGCUGUUUUCCUGGUGGGCUGGUUCAUCCUCUCCUUCUUCAUCCUCGUCAACAUGUUCAUUGCUGUCAUCCAAGAGAACUUCGACGUAUCGGAAGAUGAGAAGCGUCUCGAGCAGGUUAAGGCUUUUCUCCAGAGGAAAGAGCUGGGUAAAUCAUCCAGCAGUCUUACUCUGUCAAACAUAUUUACAUUUGGCAAAUCGAGGCGGAGAAAAGACCCUUUGGAUUAUGGACCCGCCAUGAUGGAAAUGCUUCUAAAGGACGCUGUGGUACACGAGUUCCUCGACGACGCCACAGAUUUGCCGCAUGACGGCUCCAACGAGGAGCUUUCGCCUACAAGAGCUCAAACACACCAUGUCGGCGAAGUCAGGCCCGGUAUCUUGUCAUCCAUGUGGGGAAAGGUCAAGUCGGCAUUCAGUAGCAAGGACCCGAAUCCAUUCUAUUCGAACCUACGCUUCGACGGUCCAAAUGAUACUCUCGACCCGCGGCAAAUGGCGCGGCAAGCCGUGUCGGCCACAUCUGCGCGCAAGAAGGCCCAGCGCGAUUAUCUUGCUAGGCACCCCAAUUACAACAACUCCCUGUUCAUUUUCACACCCAACAACCCAAUCCGGCGGUUCUGCCAAAGAAUUGUAGGACCCGGUAGAGGAAAUGAGCGGUUCGAGGGCGUGGAGCCGAAUAAGAUUGCCUGGUACGCCUCUUCCGCAUUCAUUUAUGCGUGCAUCGUCGCCAUGGUAGUCAUUGCAUGUGUCACAACACCUCUCUACCAAAAGCAAUACCAGGCGGAGCACCCCGAGUUCAGCAUCACGUUUUGGUAUGUCUGGACAGACCUGGCCUUCGCGGUAAUCUUCUCAGUUGAAGCUGUUAUCAAGGUCAUUGCCGAUGGCUUCUUCUUCACGCCGAACGCCUACUACCGCAGCUCGUGGGGUUUCAUCGAUGGCAUCGUUCUCAUCACCUUGCUGAUCAAUGUCGGUACUCUUCUCGCCAAUGAUGGUGCGGUUUCUAGAGCCAUCGGUGCCUUUAAGGCGCUUCGUGCUUUGCGUCUGCUCAAUGUUAGUGACAGCGCCAGGGACACGUUCCACUCGCUCAUCAUCGUGGGCGGCUGGAAAAUUCUCAGCGCUGCUUUUGUUUCUAUAUCGCUGCUAAUUCCUUUCGCCAUCUAUGGACUCAACCUCUUCAACGGCCAAAUGAUAUCCUGCAAUGACGGCGAUGACUCAAUUGUACGCAUUUCUGACUGCUUUGGCGAGUUCAAUAGCACACCUUUCAACGACGACUGGCCAAUGUUGGCGCCUCGCGUCCCAGCCAACGACUAUUUCAGUUUUGAUGACUUUGCGUCGUCACUCUUCAUUCUCUUCCAGAUUGUCAGUCAGGAGGGAUGGAUCGAUGUCAUGUUUGCUGCGCAGGCAGUGACAGGCCGCGGGCUUCAGCCUAAGGAACUCAAUCGCCAGGGCAACGCCAUGUUCUUUGUUGUAUUCAACCUGUUGGCUACUGUCUUUGUCCUCACACUGUUCAUCUCAGUCUUCAUGCGCAACUACACAGAGCAGACUGGUGUCGCCUUCCUGACCGCGGAGCAAAGAUCUUGGCUUGAACUGCGGAAGCUGCUGCGACAAAUCUCCCCAUCCAAAAGCUCUUACAAUGAGUCGGAAAAGACUUGGAAGAAGUGGUGUCACAAGCGUGCUAUCGAAAAAAGGGGUAAAUGGUAUACAGCCGUCACCUAUGUCUUGAUCUGCCAUCUGCUAUUGCUUCUCCUCGAAUACCACGGCGAACCACAAUGGUGGACAGACUCCCGGGACGGAAUAUUCUUAGCAUUUACCCUCGUCUACAUGGCCAACAUUGCUAUCCGCAUCACUGGUCUUGGCUGGGCACGUUUCCGGAGAAGCUCUUGGGACCUGUAUUCUCUGGUGGUCGUCACAGGCGCAUUCGUCUCUACCUCUGUUCUCAUCAUCAGCAGAAGCAGCGACACCUACGUGCAGCUUCACAAAUUUUUCCUUGUCGCCAUCCUUUUGCUUCUCAUUCCCCGGAACGACGCCUUGGAUCAGCUGUUCAAGACAGCCGCGGCUAGUCUGACGACCAUUGGCAACCUGCUCGCCACCUGGCUCGUGUUUUUUCUCGUCUUUGCCAUCGCCCUGACGCAAGCCUUCAGUCUGACACGGUUCGGCGAAAAUGAGGAAGCCAAUAUUAACUUCCGCAGUGUGCCCAACGCACUGAUUCUUCUGUUCCGAAUGAGUUGCGGCGAAGGCUGGAACCAGGUUAUGGAAGACUACGCCACCAUUGAACCGCCGCUGUGCGUUGACGAUCCUGACUUCUUCGACAGCGAUUGCGGCAGCAAGCCCUGGGCACGGUUCCUGUUCGUGGCGUGGAACAUUUUGAGCAUGUACAUCUUCGUCAAUCUCUUCGUUUCUCUGAUCUAUGAGAGUUUUAGUUACGUCUAUCAACGGUCUAGUGGGCUAGCAGCUGUAGACCGGGACGAGAUUCGACGCUUCAAGGAGGCCUGGCGAAGCGUUGAUCCUGCCGGAGCCGGGUUUAUCAGCAAGGAAGCUUUCCCGAGACUUCUGGGAGAGCUUUCCGGUGUGUUUGAGAUGCGCAUCUAUGAUGCCGAUGACUCGGUAAGGCAGAUUCUGGAGGAUGUUCGGAAUGAUGCAGCGACGACGGGAGCACGCCACAUGUCUAUUGCUUCUGCGAGCAACUACAGUGCCGGUGUUGACAUUCAACGACUUAACCGACGACUGGCUCAGAUUGAUGUUGUCAAAGUCCGCGAACGCCGUCGUCGCUUCAACAUAUUUUUCGAGGAAGUCAUGGUUUCAGCAGAUCCUGACAAGGGAAUCUCCUUCACUUCGGUUCUCAUGAUUCUAGCACACUAUAACAUCAUCAAUGACAGCAAGAGCUUGAAGUUAGAGGAGUUCUUGCGAAGACGGGCCAGGCUUCAGAGAGUGGAAGAGGAAGUUCGCCGCCGAGUCGUUCUUGGCUUUUUUGAUACCUUGUAUUGGACGCGCAAGUUCAAGAAGCACAUUGACAUGAGGAAGUCGGCCAGAAUGACGGCCAUUCCUCAACUUGACAUUCCUCACAUCCUCGUAGACGAUGAUGAGCUUCGACUCAAGUCGUCGCCAGUUGCAGGAACAGGGCAGACGCGGUCGGCAUUGCUGACGGUGGACGAUGCCAACAAAUCAUCACACAACAGUUGGUCUGGACCAGGACCGACGGACCUACCGUCCGACGACUACCAACACCCGCUCAGUCUGGCGAGGUCCGGUCCAACAACACCGGGUCAUCAAUCAACACAUUCCGCCUUCAGCUUUGAGUUGCAAGAGGGCGGGCAGAACUCGGCCCAAAGCAGCCGACGGGGCAGUGCCGUCAGCCCGGUGCAAAGUCCCGUCAGCCCUGCACAAGUCAAUAACAUGCUGGAUGACUCCAUCUGGCUUGAGAGCAUUCGGAGAACUGCAACAGUCCGAAAAUCCGUCCGAAAAUCCGAUUGGGGUAGAUAA